GGCCACCGCUCGGGUCGCCGACCUGAGGGCCAAACUCGAGUCCGCCUCGCAGCUGCAGCGGGAGACGAGCAAGAUGGCUGACGAGGAGGCCCGCGUGGAGCUUGGCGAAAAGCUCGAGGAGACGCGCAAGGAGUCCGAGGCUCGCGGCUCGAGGGUAUCCGAGCUCGAGGCUGAGCUGAAGAUUGUCACCGCCGAGCGCGAUGCACUCGCGACGGAUGCCGACCGCGCCGACAAACGCAUCGAAACGCUCGAGAUGGCGGUCAAGGAGAGGGACGAGGCCAUGAGCGAGCUCGCCGAGGUCAAGGCGGAGAUCUCGGACACCAGAAGGCAGCUGUCGCAGGCGGCGAUGAGGUCGGCGGCGCUGGAGGAGGCUGAGCGGGCCAGGGACGAGGCUCACGCGGAGCUCAUCGAAUCGGCCAAGCUCACGCAGCAGGCAGAGAAACGCGCGAGACGCGCGGAAGAGCUCGCCGCCGAGCGCGCCGCCGAGUGUCGCGCGCUGGAGCGAAAAGCCGAGUCCGCGGAGGCGCUGUCGGCUGAGGUGGAGGAGGGUCGGCGACGCGAAAACGAGCUCGAGGCGAGGGCCAACGCCGCCGAGGGCGCCCUCGCGGAUGCCAACGGAAAGCACGAAAAAGCCGCAGCCGCUUUGAACGAUGCGACGCUCGCAAAGGCUGCCGCGGAAGGAGAGGUGGCCGUCGCGAGGGCGGCGGUGGACUCUGGAGAGGCGAGAAUCGCGGCGCUGGAGGGGCAGCUGGCAGAAUUAAGGAGCGAGGCUGAGAGCGCCGAGAGCGUUAGGCGGUCCGAGUCGGAUUCGAAGCUGGAGGAUUUAUCCUCCAGGAUCGCGGCGUUGGAGGGUAUGAUCACCGCCGCGGAGGGGGAGAGGGACGCCGCGCGCGCGGCGCUGCGGGAUGCGAACGAUUCGAUGGAGAGUUACCGCGCCAAGGCUCGAGCCAUGAUGGAGGAAAAGGACAGGGAAUUGGACAAACUGAGGAGGAAGGCGGAGGAGCUCGAGUAUUCCUCGGCUCCUUCGAUUGCGCCCGAGCCCGUGGCGGCACCGGCACCGGAGCCCGAGCCCGUGGCGGCACCGGAGCCCGAGCCGGUGUUUGUGCCUCCGCCGCCGGCGAUCGACGCCGACGACGACUCCAAGAUGACCUACUUAAAGAACGUGGUCAUCAAGCUCCUAUGCACGGACGACUGGGAGCAGCAGGACGCGCUGGUGCCCAUCCUCGGCGCGAUGCUCGAGUUCACCAACGACGAUUCCCGGUCGAUCAAGGAAAAACGCGCGGAGAUCGCGCCCUUGGUCGUCAAGAUUGAGGAGGGACUGCGCUACGUCGGGCUCAUCGGCGAUACAACCGCGAAACCCAACCCUCCGCCCGCGACGCUGGAUUCAUCCGCGGCUUCGUGAAUAUAUUUUAUCAAUCAAACUCCCGAGAGGGAGAUUAUUCAUC